UGCCGACUAGUGGGGAUUGUAUUUACUGCUUUGUGGCUUUAAUGUGGCUGCAGAAAUAUACAAUAAACAAAUAUUUAUUAUCUAUUCAAAGGAAAUUUGCCACAUUCGACAGCCGAUCUGGUGGCUAUUAAUCGUUAUCUGUGUUUCAGAUUUCAGACGAAUUUCUUCUCUGCGAAAAUCCCCCUUGAUCAAGUCAGUCGUCUGCUUACUUUUGUGUACUAUGCACCUUCAUCAUUUUGCAGCUGCUGCAUUGUUGCUUGGCGGGGCCUUCGAUGUGAUUCUUGGCCUGGGCAUAAUUGUGCCGGGCACGAAAUGGUGUGGCCCCGGCAAUAUAGCGCUCAAUUACGAUGAUCUGGGCAGCGAAAGAGAGCUGGACAUGUGCUGUCGGUCGCAUGACAACUGCCAGGAAAAAAUAUUACCGCACCAGGAAGCCUAUGGCCUGAGCAAUGAUGGCGUAUUCCCCAUCUUCUCCUGUGCGUGCGAAUCUGCCUUUCGAAAUUGCCUCACUUCCCUGCGCAACGGACACUCGUUGACGCUGGGCCGCAUCUACUUUCUAACCAAAGAGGUUUGCUUUGCCCAUGGCCAUCCAACAGUCUCGUGUCAGGAGAAUCAGGUGGAUAUGUUCGAGAAGCGUUGCCUGAACUACAAAGUGGAUGAAGCACAGCCGAAACGCUGGCAAUUCUACGACCUGGCCUUCUACACCCAUGUCGAGGAGGAUGCUGUCCAGAGCACAGAAGAUUGAACUAUGACAUUAGCCAGCGAUAAGCCUCCGAUUACAAUCCGUACAUAAACAAUUAUAUUCAAAUCAAAAUUCUAUUAGCUUCAAUUCCGAAAGCUU